AUGUCUCAAACAACCGAUGCUUUCCCGUUGGCAUCGGAGGUGUACAAUGACGCCCCGAGUGCAGACUCUGGCACCGAUGCCGGUGCUGCUGGCGACAGUUCAGGCAACUCCGUUUCUAUCUCACAAGGCGGUAUGAUCGCCAUCGUUAUUGUUGUCGUUGUUGUCAGUUUAGUUGGUAUUUCCACAGCUGCUCUUUUCUUCAUUGCAAAGAAGCGUGAAUGGACAAUGCGAGAGACGCUUAGAAAGUCUGCUCGCAAGGUUGUCACCGCUCUCACACCCCGAAGAACAGAGUUCCCAUCUUCAGUCAAGGACGGGCCUAUCCCAACUCAUCGUAAUCGUACACGGAUUGACGAUGAUGUCCCCCCAACACCAAGAAUCCGACCUGAAGAUCUUGAAAAAGGACUGGCACAAGCAAAGGCAAAGCGGAAGGAGAAGAAGUGGACACGAAAAUGA